AUGGGCGGCCCAUCCCGUGAUGCCGCCUCGACGUCGAGGCCCUUAUGGCAUCACGGCCUCCUCACGGGACCCACUCCCCCGGGUGCGGGUGGCACCGAGGCCUUCAGCCUCCUCACGGGACCCACACCCCGGGGCGGGUGGCACCGAGGCCUUCAGCCUCCUCACGGUAACCACGCCCCGGGUGCGGGUGGCAUCAAGGCCUUCAGCCUCCUCACGGUAACCACGUCCCGGGUGCGGGUGGCACUGAGGCCUUUCGCCUCCUCACGGUACCCGCACCCCGGGGCGGGUGGCACCGAGGCCUUCAGCCUCUUCACAGUACCCACGCCCCGGGGCGGGUGGCACCAAGGCCUUCAGCCUCCUCACGGGACCCACGCCCCGGGGCGGGUGGUACUGAGGCCUUCAGCCUCCUCACAGGACCUGCACCCUGGGGCGGGUGGCACUGAGGCCUUCCGCCUCCUCACGGUACCCACGCCCCGGGGCGGGUGGCACCGAGGCCUUCAGCCUCUUCACGGUACCCUCCCCCCAGGGUGGGUGGCACCGAGGCCUUCAGCCUCCUCAUGGUACCCGCACCCUGGGGCGGGUGGCACCGAGGCCUUCAGCCUCCUCAUGGGACCCACGCCCCGGGGCGGGUGGCACCAAGGCCUUCCACCUCCUCACGGUACCCGCGUCCCAGGGCGGGUGGCACCGAGGCCUUCAGCCUCCUCACGGCACCCACGCCCCGGGGCGGGUGGCACCGAGGCCUUCAGCCUCUUCACGGUACCCUCACCCCAGGGUGGGUGGCACCGAGGCCUUCAGCCUCCUCACGGUAACCACGCCCCAGGUGCGGGUGGCACCAUGGCCUUCAGCCUCCUCAUGGUACCCACGCCCCGGGUGCGGGUGGCACCGAGGCCUUCAGCCUCCUCACAGGACCGCACCCCAGGGCGGGUGGCACCGAGGCCUUCUGCCUCCUCACGGCACCCACGUCCCAGGGCGGGUGGCACCGAGGCCUUCAGCCUCUUCAUGGUACCCACGCCCCAGGGCGGGUAG